UUUUAUGCCGGAGGAGAGUUUGUAAAAAUUCUCUCUUUCAGUUUGGAGCAAAGUUACCGAAGCUCUAUCUUGUCAAGAAUCCCGUAGACUUUCAUAUCUUUAUCAAAUCUGCGACGGAGACGCUUUCAACCUCAGGAGGAAGGAAGCACCGCUGUAUCUUUGACGACUUUUGGGGGAACGAUUUUGACGGAGAGAAGUCUGGAAACGUCGGCGGGGAUGACUUCUAACCCUGCCGCCUCGAUGUCACGGCGUCUGACGGGGUUUUCCGUCAGGGACAUCCUCGGCUGGGGAGAGCAUGACGUCAGAGAACCCACACCUGCACGGGAGGACAGGGAACAGGACGUCGUUUUAAUCGAAGAAACCGUGAGCAACAAGAGCCCACCACCCACCGUCGUGACCUCUAAAGCUGAACUUAAGCACAAGUCAAGGUCACCGCAGACAAACGAAGAGGAAGACACCGGCGAUAAAGACGAGAGGGGAGGGAAGAAGAAAAAGACCAGGUACAGAACGACGUUUUCGACCUACCAGCUAGAAGAACUGGAGAAGGCCUUCGAACGAGCUCCCUACCCAGACGUCUUUGCGCGAGAGGAGCUGGCCAUGAGGCUGAACUUGAGCGAGGCCAGGGUUCAGGUUUGGUUCCAGAACAGACGGGCCAAGUGGCGCAAGCGCGAAACACCCCGGCGCUCUGCUGACCAGCUGAACAGGCUGUACUGUUCCUUGGCCGCCGGGUCUUCCUCCUGCAGCGCUCGGAGGCUCCUCAGGGGGGGUCUUCCCGAGACCAACAACGUCACAUCCGGCUGGACCGCCGCCUCCCACCACCACCCCUUUCUCCUCCCGGCAUCCCUCAUGACGUCACACCUCACCUUCGUCCAGUCCUCCCAGACGUCACUUCCGGGGGCUUCCGUGACGUCACACGUGACGCGACAGGAGGGCGUGACGUCACAGAUGGGUCUCCUGCCCACUGGUCUCCAUGGCGACGGCCCUUCUGCAGACGUUUCAGUCCCCACGGAAGGUUCGUCCCACCACAAGCACGCGGGGAAACGCCAGAGGAGCGGGGAGAAGAGCUUCCCGGCAGGAAUGCUCGGGGAGUACCGACGGCUGGCCAGCCUCGGCACGCUCAGGAUGCGCGCUCGGCAGUUCGAGGAAAAACUCUCCUCUACUUGA